CUCCCCUUAAGAAAACGUAGGUUCGUUUCUGAAGGCCACGGACAUUCCCACUAUAGACCUGGCAAACAUGGCUGCUGUUCUCGAUCUACCGUUUUCCCUCAGCGAAGCGCCCACAGGCUUCAAGACUAGCGCCGCACCGCAGGCCAUCUCCAAGCCCACCACUUCGACCCUCUUUGCGGCUGGCCCUUCGUAUCUCGGCCACGUCCGCCGGCAGCUCAACCAGCUGAGUUUUGAGCAAGAUGAUGACGCUGAGAAGAAAAGGCUCGAGGCAGAACUCCAAGCAAACGGUGCAGACGAAGAGAACGUUGACCUUCCGGACGAAGAGGAGGACGAGGAUCUCCUAGCUCGGGAUCCAAAGGAGUGGAAGUCACAAGACCACUAUGCUGUUCUCGGUCUCUCCUCCUUGCGUUACAAGGCGAGCCCAGAGCAAAUCAAACUCGCACAUCGCAGAAAGGUGCUCAAGCACCACCCCGACAAGAAGGCCGGAAGCUCGGGGCUGGCGAAUGACGACUCUUUCUUUAAGUGCAUCGCCAAGGCACACGAGGUUCUUGCCAACCCGGAGCGCCGUCGCCAAUUCGACUCUGUAGACGAGGCGAUCGAUGACGAGGCCGUACCUACAGGCAAGGAGAAGCCAGAGAACUUCUACAAGCUUUGGGCUCCUGUUUUCGCACGCGAGGCACGCUUCUCAGAACCCAAGAAUGGCCCCAUUCCGUCCCUGGGCGACGAGGACUCCACCAAGCAGCAAGUCGACGAGUUCUACAGCUUCUGGUACAACUUUGACUCGUGGAGGUCGUUUGAGUACCUCGACAAAGAGAUCAACGAGGGAAGCGAGGCACGUGACGACAAGCGCUACACGGAGAAGAAGAACAAGAGCGAGCGUGCGCGGAGAAAGAAGGAGGACAACGUCAGGUUGCGCAACCUGGUGGACAAGGCGCUCUCUGUCGACCCGCGCAUCAAGAAGUUCAAGGCUGAGGAGAAGGCAGCCAGGGAGGCGAAGCGCAACAAGGGUAAGCCUGGCCAGGCCAAUGGCGGCUUGACACCUGCACAGCUCGCCGAGCAGAAGAAGCAGAAGGAGGAGGAAGAGAAGAAGGCCAAGGAAGAGGCCGUGAAGAAGGAGGAGGCUGACAAGCUCGCACGCGCUGACGCGAAGAAGGCAAAAGAGGCAGCUAAGAAGAACCUCAAAAAGGAGAAGAAGCGUCUUCGCGACAUCAUUACGUCCAACAACUAUUUCCAGGCCGCUGGCGCCGCUCCCAGUGCUUCUGUCAUCGAGGCGCAGCUCAAUGGCCUCGACGCCAUUUGUGGCGCUCUCGAGCCUGAGGAAGUUGUCGCGCUUCGCGAAGCAUGCGAGAAGGCAGGUAGCGCUGACGGCGCCAAGAACGAGCUGAACAAAGCUGCCGAGAGCAAGAGUAUCGCUGCUGGUGCAUUCGCGUAGAUUGACUCUGCGCGUGAAUUAUAGAUCAUAGAGAGUGUGAUACAUACGUUGCUCGCUUCAGUCUUUUGGAUUCACUGAAGAGUCAUCGACGACUAUGACCUCCAAUACCUUGUCAGCCUCGCCCACGAGGCCUAGUUUCCGCAGCAACUUUUUGUACUUGCGGCGCACAAAAGACAGAUCAGGUCCGGAGACUGCAUCUUUCAAGCGCUGCUGCAAUUUCGGGGUAACGGACACGUCCCGCAUCUCGUCCAAGGCGCGAAGAAUGUACCC